ACCGCCAGCCAGGACCAUUCCUACCCAACCUUCACCAUGGCUGCCCUCGCGACCAAGACGCAGUCGCAGAAUAUUUUUACUAAAUUGAAGUCGAAGCCUGCGAACAAGAUAUGCUUCGACUGCGGCGCAAAGAACCCAACAUGGAGUUCUGUUCCCUUUGGAAUUUACCUAUGUCUCGAUUGCUCGUCCAACCAUCGUAACAUGGGUGUCCACAUCUCGUUCGUGCGAUCUACCAACCUUGACAUUUGGCAAUGGGACCAAUUGCGCAUCAUGAAAGUCGGCGGUAACGAAAGCGCAACCAAGUACUUCCAGUCGCACGGAGGCUCUGCUGCGCUCGCGAGUAAAGACCACAAGGCCAAAUAUACCAGCAAUGCCGCCACCAAGUACAAGGAGGAGUUGAGCAGACGUUGCGCUGCCGACGCCAGAAUGUAUCCGGAUGAGGUUGUCAUCACCGAUGUCGUCGAAACUGGCAGUGACGGCACCAGCACCCCCGCCGGCGACGAAGACGACUUCUUUUCGUCGUGGGAUAAACCUGCUAUCAAGCGACCCUCGAACCCACCCUCGCGAACCGGUACACCAAAAGUUGGCUCACCUUUCCUCAAGCCUGCCAAUCCCAACGGGACAGAUCGCCCAAAGUCGCCGCUUGCGGGCAGCUCCGAACCAAGCACGCCAACCACCGUCCCAGCUGCAAAGCCAGCAACAGCACGAAAGACUACCGGAGGCUCCGCACCAAAGAAGAACAUCCUAGGCGCAAAGAAGAAGGGCCUUGGAGCAAAGAAGGUUGUCGCUGCAGACGGCGGUCUCGACUUUGAGGAAGCAGAAAGGAAGGCUCGGGAAGAAGCAGAGCGCAUCGAGAAACUGGGAUAUGACCCAGACGCCGAAGCCGCUGAGGCCGCCGCAGUAUCAAAGUCAAAGGCUUCCGCAGCUUCCGCUAUUGUCUCUCCUACGCCUGUCUCUCCACCACGAGGUGGUUUUGGAUCGACUUCCAAGCCUGAUCGUUCGGAUCAGGAUAUGGAGAGAUUAGGUAUGGGCGUACAGCGCCUAGGAUUUGGACAAGUAGGCGCUGCAAAGAAAGCUGCGCCCCAGAAGAAGAUGGGAGGCUUUGGAAGCGUGGGCAAGCCUGCUGUGGAUGACAGCGAAAAGUAUGCGCGGGAGAAGUUUGGCACACAAAAGGGCAUCUCGAGCGAUGAGUUCUUUGGCCGUAAUGCAUUCGAUCCUACCGCGACCGCACAGGCCAAGGAAAGGUUAUCAGGUUUCGAAGGCGCAAGUGCCAUCUCUUCCAACGCAUACUUUGGCCGCCCCGAAGACGACGUGCCCGACGAAGACUACGGCGACCUCGAGACCGCCGCCAAGGACUUUGUCCGCAAAUUUGGUCUCACUGCCGGCGACGACCUAGAGAAUCUGACCAACAUGCUUGGCGAAGGCGCAACCAAACUGCAAGGCGCGGUCCGAAACUACCUCAACUCGUAG